AUGCCACCCAAACGCAUCGCCAUCGUAACCAGCAGCACCCGGCGCCCACGCCUCAACCCAACAAUAACCCAAUACGUCUAUGACGUCCUCACCACCGACCCAACCCUACCAACAACCCCGCUCGAAACGCCCGACACAAACCCGCGACACAUAGUCUUCGAAAUACUCGACCUAGCAAAACAAUCACUCCCCCUGUACGACGAAAGCGUCAUCCCCGCCAGCCUACCCGCAACCGACCCAACGCCGCACUACAGCAAAGCGCACACGCGCGCCUGGUCAGAGCUUGUGCGCCAGUACGACGCAUUCAUCUUUGUCACGCCGCAGUAUAACUGGAGUAUUCCCGCGAGUCUGAAGAAUGCACUGGAUUAUCUGUUUCAUGAGUGGAAGGGGAAGCCGGCGGGGAUUGUCUCUUAUGGGGGGAGGGGGGGGGGAAGGCGGCGGAACAUCUGA